AUAUAGACACUUAAAAUUUAUUCUCGCUUUAACACAACGUGCUUCAAGAUGAACCUAAAAUUCCAAAUAUUUUUGCUCGUACUCAUCUUCGUCGAGAUUAAUGCUCAAGACGUACAAGUUGAUGACACACCAAGGAAAUAUUGUGAUGACCAAUUAGUUCAAGUUGUUCGUACAGUCUGCGCAGAAGUAUAUGGUGUCAAAUCUCCACCAAACAUACCACAGGUUACAAAUAAUCCACAAAAUCCGACAGAAGAACCCGAAGAACAACCAGAAAAACCUAAGGAAACCUAUGGUGUUGUUAAAAAAUGUUGCGAAGAACAAUGUAACAAAGCUGAUAUAGAAUCCUUCUGUAAGGGUGACAGAAAAGACAAUGCAAAUGAUGGAAAAAUCAAAUUGCCUGAUGGAACUAUUGUAGAUAUAAAUAAUUAAAAUUAAAAUUAACAGUU